AUGGAUUUUAAUCCGCAUGAUGGAGACAAGUUCACUCCUGCCUCUUUUGUUCCACACUCUUCGAAUCUUCUUGCAUAUACUGUUGAGGUAAUAAUGUCCGCUGAUCUUACCUGGCAAAUCAUUCGUAAGAACAGCUGCUUCAUCCGCAGACAGAAAGGGAUUCACAAGCAUUUUUCUGUGGAACCAUUCAAUCUCCGCGGUUUGAACAGUCCCCGUUUCAAUGGACUCAUCAGCAAGAAGGCUAUGGACAUUACACCAGCGAAGGACGGAAAGGGCGUCAUUGUUUCACUGAAGGUUCCAGGCAAGGUUGGUCGUCCAGCCAAAAGUAUCAAUACUAUUACGCUCCGUAACCGUGAUAAAAUGUUGAAAUCGGUGAAAUCAAUCGCUAAGAAUCAGGGACUCACUCCAUUCUACAAACUCGCUCAGAGACGUGCUGCUGCUAUUGUUCGUUCACAACAACCCAAGACGAAGAAGCACGCCAAGAAAAUUGAAGCCUAA